CAAAGCAAAAUGGCAUUCCGUUACAUUUUCGUCGUCAGUGCCAUCAUCGUCCUGGCUCAAGGAUCUAAUAUUUCUCCAGUGGAUCAGGAUUCGGAGGUUGGAGUUCACAGCUCUGGCGGAGUCUCAUCUGGUAGUCCACGCGGCCAUGCUGCUGCUCCCCAGUCUCAGCGACCCGCCUCCGGCUAUGGUUCCGCUGGAGGAUCCCAGCGCCCUCAGCGUCCCCAAGGCGGUGCUGCUCGUAGACCAGCCGGUGGUGCUUACCGUCCUUCAGGUGGUGCCAGUCGUCCUUCCGGCGGUGCCAGUCGUCCUUCUGGCGGUGCCAGUCGUCCUUCCGGCAGUGCCCAUGGAGGACGUCCAGGACAGGGAAAUCCUCACCAGAGGCCUUAUUAG